AUGGCUGCCAAGAGGCUUGUUGUCGCCGGAGGCAGUGGCUUCUUAGGGUCCCGAAUUUGCAAAUCAGCUGCCUCCCGGGGCUGGGAGGUAACCUCAUUAAGUCGAUCUGGCGAGCCGCGGUGGGACACAGUCACAGACUCCUCGGAGCGCCCAAGCUGGGCUAGCUCUGUGGAAUGGGCCAAGGCUGAUCUCCUGAAACCGGAGAGCUACAAGCCAUUCCUGCAUGGGGCGUCUGCUGUCGUUCAUUCUAUGGGCAUUCUCCUCGAAGCCGACUACAAGGGCGUGGUGCAAGGGCGGGAACCGAUUAUCGGUGGUCUUCAGCGGGCAUUUAGCUCGUCGAAGCUGGGGAGCCAGAAUCCGCUGCUCAGGAAAGAGGGCGAGGCGCUCGAACCCAAGGAGAAGGAUGGACAAUUGACUUACGAACUUAUGAACAGGGAUUCCGCCAUCGCGCUUGCCCAGGAAUCCUCAAACGAACAUGUCCCCGCCUUCGUGUACAUCUCCGCCGCGGCCGGAGCCCCAGUCCUUCCAGCCCGAUAUAUCACCACCAAGCGGGAGGCCGAGGCCACGAUCACAUCCUCCCUCCCAGAGCUGCGAAGUAUCUUUAUUCGUCCGGGCUUCAUGUACGAUUCAAGCAGGAAGUUCACACUGCCAAUUGCACUCGGUGGCUUCGUUGCCUCUGAGUUCAAUACCCUCCUCGGAAACAAGCUUGGGUUCCUCGGGGCCAUGGCGGAGAAGCCGCUCAAAGUUGAUGUGGUGGGCGAGGCAGUGGUUGAGGCAUUGGAGGACGAGUCGACAAGAGGGGCCGUUGGAACAAAGCAGAUUGAGGCGUUGGCAACAAAGGCCUGGAGGAAGACGAUGCUCUAG